AUGCCUGCCCGCUGCCUCCUCCUCCUCCUCCUGGGGCUGCUCCUGGCGCUGGAGCCUGCCUGCUGCCAGGAAGCCCGGGGCAACCUCCAGCCAUGGUCGCAGGGUGUCAUCGCAGUGGUUGUGUUUCUGGUCCUGGUGGCCAUUGCUUUCGUGGUCAAUAGGUUGUGGUGUAAGGAGAAAGUGGAAAACGUUGAAACAGUGGUAAGCAUCGAGGACAAGCAGGAUACCAUCACAUCCAAUGGUCAUGAAACGAGAUACCUAACUGCUGCAGCUGACUUCAGGUCCAAAGAGAGCCAGCACGCCUACGAGAACACCCUGGAGGUCGAGGAGAGGGUGAUCACCACCGCCAUGUAGCAUGUGUCCUGGCCGGCUGCCCUCCUUCCUCCUCUCACUUUGCUUCCUGCUGUCGUGAUGGGCAUUUUCACAGGGACCUUCUACACCGGCAUCCCCCUUGCGCAGCGGCUUCCCGACCUCUCCACGGCACCACCAUCUCCUGAUCUUUUCCAUUCCCACAUUCAGGAUGUGCUCUUCUGCCUCAGGGGCUGGUGUCCAUGCAGGCAUCGGCCCCCAGGAGAGGUCCCGAGGUGCCACCUCUCCUGCCUUGUGGUCACCCCACCUGGUCAGUGAGGUUGAGGUCCCCAGUCCCAAGGGGGUGCUUACCUGCUCCAGACAUGGAGGGGUCCCUGCUGGGUGCCUGGGACCUCCCUGCACCCCCAGCCGCCCUCCAGGGAGCUGCCGAUGGAAAACCCUCUCUCUUCUCCACAUUUCACCCUCCUUUUUACAAUAUCAUGCAUUUUAAUGUCAGAACAAACCU